UAACACUCAAUUGGAUCAACUUCUUUGUGGCUGCUGGCCUGAGACAACUGAUUUCCUCAGUAUGGAAAUGGACAAAAGUGCCACUCCUUGAAGGGCCGGAUUUAGGAGCAGGCGAACCAGAAAAGCUGAGUCUCCAACCCACAGCAAUGAAGAUGAUAAGAACACUCUUGGCCUACCGCCGGUUCCUCCUUAUUCUCUUCACCCCCCUUCUGCUCCUUCCUUUGCCUCUCAUCAUCAGAACCAAAGAAGCAGAAUGUGCCUACACUUUGUUUGUAGUGGCUAUCUUUUGGCUCACAGAAGCUUUGCCCCUGGCUGUUUCAGCGUUACUUCCUGCUUUAAUGUUCCCAAUGUUUGGAAUUAUGGCUUCCAAAGAGGUGGCAUCUGCUUAUUUCAAAGAUUUUCAUCUGCUAUUAACUGGAGUGAUUUGUUUGGCGACAUCGAUAGAAAAAUGGAAUUUGCACAAGAGAAUAGCCUUGAAAAUGGUAAUGCUGGUGGGCGUUAACCCUGCAUGGCUCACCCUUGGUUUCAUGAUCAGCUGCGCCUUCUUGUCUAUGUGGCUUAGCAACACCUCCACAGCUGCUAUGGUGAUGCCAAUAGUAGAGGCAGUGGCUCAGCAAAUCAUUAGUGCUGAAGCUGAAGUUGAUGCCCUAGAAAUGACUUAUGCAAAUGGAGCCACCAAUCAUGCACUGGAACUUGAUGAAGAUAUUAAUGAGUGUGAAGCAGUUGACUGGAAAGAGAAAACAAAGCAACUUCAUGGAUACAGCAAUGGUACUGCGGCUCAUACGACUCACACUAUGUGCAAAGUUGAAGAGGAAAAGCAGAUUCCAGCACCAAGCGAAACCGGAACAAAAUACCGAAACCAAAGGGACCACAAGAUAUGCAAAGUCAUGUGCCUGUGUAUUGCCUAUGCAUCUACUAUCGGUGGACUGACUACCAUCACUGGAACAUCAACCAACUUGAUAUUUGCUGAGCAAUUUAAUACACGGUACCCAGAUUGCCAGUGUAUCAAUUUUGGAUCCUGGUUUAUUCUUUGCAUCCCCAUCACUAUUAUUAUUCUGCUGCUUUCCUGGGUUUGGCUCCAGUGGCUUUUCCUUGGUUUCAAUUUCAAAGAAAUGUUCCAGUGCAGCAAGACAAAGUCAGCCAGAGAACAAGCUUCUGCACGGGUGAUUGAAGAGGAAUAUAAGAAACUUGGACCGAUUAGCUACCCAGAAGUCAUCACCCUUGUCCUCUUCUUCCUAAUGGCCCUGUUAUGGUUUACUAGAGACCCUGGAUUCAUCCCUGGCUGGUCUUCAUUAUUUUCAGAAUACCCAGGGUUUGCUACAGAUUCAACAGCUGCCUUAAUAAUUGGCCUCCUUUUCUUCAUUAUUCCAGCAAAAACAUUGUCUAGAACUUCAAAUGGAGAAAACAUUGUUUUUGAUUACACUCCACUGAUAACUUGGAAAGAAUUUCAAGCAUGCAUGCCCUGGGAAAUUGCCAUUCUUGUUGGUGGAGGGUUUGCACUGGCAGAUGGCUGUGAGGUCUCAAAACUCUCACACUGGAUCGGAAGUAAAUUAACUCCUUUGGGGUCACUGCCCGCAUGGCUGAUUAUCCUCAUUUCAUCAUUGAUCGUCACCUCAGUAACCGAAGUAGCCAGCAAUCCUGCCACGAUCACAAUAUUUUUGCCUAUCCUUGCCCCUUUGGCUGAAGCCAUCCAUGUGAAUCCCCUUUAUAUCUUGAUCCCCACAACCCUCUGCACUUCAUUUGCCUUCCUGCUACCUGUAGCAAAUCCACCCAAUGCCAUUGUAUUUUCAUACGGUCACCUGAAAGUUAUUGACAUGGUAAAAGCUGGUUUGGGUAUCAAAAUCAUUGGAGUUGCUGUCGUCAUGCUUGCUGUCAUGACUUGGGCGAUGCCUUUGUUCAAACUGCACACGUAUCCUACUUGGGCACGUUCUCCUUCUAUAACUAACUCCAGUGCACUUUAAAAAGAGAAUAGCAGCUUCUUUUCCUUGAUCCUCUCUUCUGUGGUGUGACCUGUACAGUGUACUACCACUGUGGCCUAGGAUAUUUUAUGCUUAUGUUUCCUUUUCCCAAAGACUGACACAUCUGCACUGAAGGCGGUAAAACAAGACAAUUGCCAUCUAAAUGCUGCAGGGGCAAGUGAGUCAUCGGUACAAGUGUCCCAUCAGUUUGUGAGGAUUUGGAAGCUAGCAACUGUGGUUAUGCACAUUCAUUAUGAAUGGUAAUUUGCCCCUGUUUCUAGGGUCACAAAAUAAUGUUUUAAAUAUUUGACUAUAGGAACACUGGGAUAAGAGCAUGAUGGAUGGAUAGACAGGUAGAUUUAAAAAUACUAAGAGCCAGGGUUUUGUUUUAUUUUUAAGUUUAUGGCCAGUGUAUCUUCCAGUUCCAACAUGUGCACUAAAAUAUUCUAUGGGUACCUUAUAAGACAGAGCUACAUGAUCACUUCACAUGGAGCAUAUCUUGCCAUCAACAUGUCCCAUGCGAGCGUCUUUCUCCAGUGAUGAUUGCUGUUGGCAUCUGAUGGGAAGAUCUUUUCCAAGACAACCAACAAGUGAGUAAAAUGUCAGAUGAUCAAGUCAGUGGAAAGAGACAUCCAUUGGCCACAGAAGGAGCAGCUGCAGGGAGCUUGCACCCCCCCCUGCAAAAAAAGCUCUUUGCUCCAAUUUCUAGUUGCCCUCAGACUACAGAAAGGAAUAGAAGCCCACUCUGGUCCCAUCUGUUAGCCAGGGGACUCAGAGCUGCUGGAAUGUGUGGAUUUGGAGUCUGUGUUUAUUGCAAUCAGUUUUAAACACCUUGAGGAUCGUUCAAUUGAAAGAUGGGGUAUAAAUCUUCUAAAUUAAUCAAUCAAUUGAUAAACAAUCCUACAAAAUCUUGACCAAAAAAAUCCUUGGCAACUAGGAUAUUCUGCACUGGAAGCUUGAUGCUGCAUCCAGUCAUGGUCAUUAGAUGAUGCCACAACAAAGAAACCCUCAUGAUCUGAUGAGGAGUUUUUAUAAUCAUUUUUAAAACCAGAAAAGCUCCCCACAUCUUCGUCAUUCUGCCAGAAUCAAUUGUAGUAAUAAAUGCCCCCCAGUGUGGUGUGAUAGGAUUCUUUCUGCUGCAUUUUUUAAAGUGAAAAUUAAGUACCUUGUCUAUUAUACCAGAAUUUGAAAAGUUUUUCAGCCGAAAGGCCACAUUUUCUUGUGGGCAACCUUCCAUGGGCCAUAUGCAGUUGGUGGGUGGUGUCAGAGACAGAAGUGGGCACAGAAACGGAUGUGACACUUACCGUUGUACUGUAUGCUACAGUCCAGCCACACAAAAGUCAGAAGUUUCUACAGACCCACACACAUCCCUCCAUCCCCUGUCCAGGUAAGCAACAGACACGAUCAUUUUUGAGGCUGGUUCCUUGCUAGAAACUCCAUAAUGGUACUGUUGGGAAAGAGCUGUCGCUCAGUGGUAAAGGCUUAGAGCACAUGCAUCGCACGCAAAAGGUCCAAGGUUCAAUCCUCAGCCUCUCCAGGUUGUGAGUUUGGAAAGACCCCUGUUUGAAACCCUGGAGGGUCUCAGUAUAGAUAAUACUGAGCUAGAUAGAUCAAUGGACUGACAUGGUAUCCUGCUAUCCCCCUAAUAAAGAUGAUUAGUCUUAGUUUAAAAUAUUGGCAGAGUUGGCUCUUUAUUCCCAUCACUUGUGGCUGGCAGACACCAUAGUGCCAGAGAUAUCCUAUCUUUCUAUCCUGGCUGGUCUAUGACCGAAAUAAAAUUAUUCAUUCAUUCAUUCAUUCUAUCACCCCAUUCCCCAUCACAUUCAUAUAGCAGAAUGUGGCAGUAUCGGAAAUGAAAUUUCUGGGCCAAAUUGGUCCACUGUAAAUGGGGCAGGCAGCAAAGAGAGGUGUAGCAGAGAAACCAAGAACUACUGCUUUAAGUACACCAAGGAUGUUGGGAUUCCAGCAGAUGUGAAGCUUAGCUUGUUUGAGGCUCUGUUUUCCUGGAUCUGAAUAAAAAUCAGGCCAACAUUUGUGUCCGUAUGUGAUUUUGGAUGUACAAGGCACCAGCAGCAGGACUUCACAUUACAACAGAGGUUGGAAACAUCAGAAUCAUAUGGGUAUUUUAGGCAACAAAGAUGUCAAGUGUGGAAAUAAUACCCGAAUAUAUGGAAUCUUUAUUACUCGGACCUCACUGCUUGAAAAGAAGUCGUUUGAAGACUCCAUCCAUGACCUGUUUAUCUUGCAACCCUCAAGGCAAAUUUGCACCAAGUUAAAAGAGUUCACAUGUUAGGUCAUAUCAGAAAGCCCUGUUGUGGCAAUGGGCUCUUACAAUGGCCCAUACUUGGAAUAGCUGUUGUACAAGUUGUUUUUAUUUGGGUGUGAAAAUGUAUUAUAUAUCAUUUUACCUUUAUGAACAGAGCAAAGUAUAAGUGAUAAUAAAAGUGGAAAUCCAGGUGAAAUAUGUUGUUAUGCAUUGCUGGUAUGUUGUGUAAUGUCAACUGUUAAUUUUUAUCUGCAGGAAAGUAUUCAACUGUAUGUUUAUUGCCUGGUACUGAAAAAGAUGAGCACUUUCCCCCCGCUUGAGUCCUCACCAAAAUUAAAUUGUUAUCUCAACAGGCAAUCCCAGUGAGCAGAAUUUUGAAUAAAUAACUGCUGAAUUAAAAGGGAGAGAGAUUUGCCUGGCAAGAUUUGACGGUGGAAUAAAGUGUCUCCAGCCCAUGUGUUCUCUUGCAAUGUAUGCAACAUUUUCAGUGUUCCAUCACUUUAGGAUAAUGCUUCCACAUACGUGGACAGCUAGGUAUUUUCCAUCCCUAAAACAUAUGUGAUAAAAAGUGGAUAAUGGCUGUCAGCUCACAUACUUUUGAUGUAUAUUUCUUAUUAAUAAUGAGAAUUUCAACACGGAUUGCUUUUUAGGAGCUAGUGAAAUGUCACUUUAACGAUGAACCGUCAUUUGUACAGUGGAAUUUUCCUUUAGGUUUACUGUCUGACUAAUUUGGAGGCUUCUUUCAACCCAAUUGACAAACUAUUAACUUUCCCAGAAGAUCAGAGGCAUACCUAAGUAUGUCCAUAAAUUAUAUUCUUGAUCAUGUUCCUGAUAUUAGACUGUGUGGCUUCAGCAGAAAGUGGGGCUUUAACUUUCAUCUGUAGGCUCCUUUAUAGCCACCAUUUGGGAGAUAUAAUUGAGACACUGAUGUUCUCUCAUUGGAAGGGACAAGUUAAAUUACCAUGAUCAGCCUCACAGUUUUGUGACUUCACAACUCAGUCCACACGUCAGAAAACUUUACUGAGUAAAGCCUGGAUUUUAGAUUGAAAGGCAGCUUGGUUCUCAAAAGAGAAAAAGGUCAGCAAAGUUUGAGCUGAAAUUGCAAUCAAUUUCAGCCUACUUCUGCACUGGGCAUUUACUCUGAAAUAACCACAUUUUGUUCACUCCCUUUUUAUAGGGUAUUUUUGUUUUUCCUUGAAAGAAAAUGUGGGGGGAGGGAUUAUGAUUGGGAGUGCAGUGAGGAGAGGGAGGGAGUACUGAACUCUUUCCCCCAACUGGGAUUCCAGUGAAAAAUCUCCUUCCCUUCAAAAUGUAAGGCUUGGGAAAGAGGGUCUGCCCGCUAGGAUAUAGAAUGUGAUGUGGAUUCCAGAACUCAAGCAACAAAGUUGCAAUCCCACUCCCAGUUUAAAGCACAACAGCAAUGAUUGGGUGCUGCUAAAUCAUCCAUGUCUGGAAGUACCCUAGGACUAAUCUGGUUUAAAUCCUAGUUCAAAGCUGAAGACUGAUUUCACAUAUGACACUGAAAGCACUUUUGGUCAUAUCUUCCACUGUUGGUGCUAUGGUUUUAAGCGCAGAAAUGUAGUUUUGAGUGUUGUUGUAGCAGUUUUUUUAAAAAAAAAUUGAUGGCCAUGCAGAAAGAUGAAUGUACAAUCCCACUGUAUUUAUUUUUUGUUUUAUUUUACCAGUAAAGAGGUGUGUUCUAUCUAAAGUGCAGCUUUUAGUUCUUCACCGACCAUUUCCUCCCCCCCCCCUAUU